UCUCUCGCUUCCGUUCCACCUACACACCCCGCCUUCUGCCGAGCCAUGUCGGGUCGUGAGCCGCGCCGUCAGCGCCGGCCGCUGGACGACGAGGCCGUGCCGUUCCCCGACGACGAUUCCGCCUCCCGCCACGCCGACGCCGCUCCGCGCACUCCGCUCACGCAGGCGGGCGAGCUGCAGGCGCUCGCCGUGGGCGCGGCGAUGACGGUCGGCGCGCUGUGGCUGCUGCGCUCCUUCGACCUCCUCUAGAGCUCCGUUUUUCGUCGCCAUAUCCGCACAUUUCGUAACGGUCGCAACGCACCUUCUCUCGCGCAUAGUUGUAGGAUCUCGCCUCUAGUGUAUAGCUCGCUCGGACAGCAGUAGGUGUUUCUUGAGAAUUCCAAAAAACACCCACAGCGCGGAGAGCAGCAUCGGCAUCGGACUCGGGGUGAGGCGACUCGGCGCCGCCAUGCGCCUGCAGGGCAAGGUCGCCUUCAUCACGGGGGCGGCGAGGGGCAUUGGCGCGGCGUGCGCGCGCAAGUUCGUGGCGGAGGGCGCAAGGGUGGCGAUUGCUGACGUGUUGGAAGAGGAAGGGCGCCAGCUGGCUGCUGAGCUGGCUGCCGCUGAUUCGGCGCAAACGGGGAGGAGAGAUGGGUCUGAGGGGGAGGUUCCCGCGGAAGGGAAGAAGGGGGAGGGUGGGCGCGCGGAGGCGGGUGGGGAAGGGGGAGCAGGCUGUGAGGGUGACGGAGGCGGAGCAGAGAGCAUACCGCGCGCCGUCUUUGUGAGCUGUGACGUGCGCGAGCGUGACUCCAUCGCGUCCGCGCUCGCCCUGGCGGCGUCCUCCCUCUCCCCCGGCAGCGGCGCGCUGCACGUGCUGGUGAACAAUGCGGCGCUGCAGUGCUGCAAGAGCCUGCCCGACACGGCGCCCCACGACUGGGACGCCGUCAUCUCCGCCUCGCUCUCCUCCGUCUUCCACGCCACCCAGCUCGCCCUGCCGUACCUGCGGCGCGCGCAGGGCGGUGCGGCAGUUGUGAACGUGUCGUCUUCGUUCGCGCUGGUGGGGUCGCCGGGGUACGCCGCGUACCACGCCGCCAAGGGCGGGGUGUCGUCGGUGACGCGCGCGGCGGCGCUGGGGCUGGUGGGGGAGGGGAUCAGGGUGAACGCGGUGUGCCCGGGGACCACGCUCACGCCGGGGCUGCAAGAGAGCGUGGCACAGCAGUGCCCGGACCCAUCGGAUGCGCGGUGUCUCAUGGACUCGUUCCUCGCCAAGCAGCCCCUCGGCAGGUUUGGGAGGGCUGAGGAGGUAGCGAACGUGGUGGCGUUUGUGGCGAGCGAUGAGGCGAGCUUCAUGGUGGGGGCCAACGUGGUCGUGGAUGGGGGGUACACCGCCAUAUGACAUGGCGGGUGGGGGGAGGGGUUACAGCAGCGCGCGAGGGGAGGGGGUUGUGGGGGAUGAGGGGUACACUGUGGUGAGGGGGUGGUGCUAGUGGUGGCUGGGAGGCGUUGGCAUUGGAGGAGUGUCCCAGGGCAGCAUGUGUUGCCAUUGGUGGGACAGGGAUGGGUGGGUGGGUGGAUGGAUGGGAGUUGGAUGGUUGUGUGGCAGCUGGACUAUCAUGUGCCAUUACCAGUAUUUGUCCGAGGCAGCUCAAUAUUUGGAUUCUCCUGUGGGUAUUUUCUUUGGUGACAUGGCAUGGUGUAAUCCAAAGCAACUAAUGUAGU